AUGGGAUUGACGCCUGGUGCUAUUCAACUAAUAAUAUCUGGAAGAUAUGUCCUUUCUCCGUGCUUACAGUUGUCCAAUCUUUCUUCUAUUGAUCUUGGUAAUUCUCAAUCUCAGGUGGUAACUUGUUGUCUCUCUGAUGGUAUUCAGUUUUAUACCCCAUGUAUAUUACCAGUUGUUCCUGAUGUGCGUCUUCAAGAGAACUCAGUUGUCAUUCUGGAUGACUAUUCUUUCCAUUUUUCUCCUGGCUUUGACAAGUUUAUUAUUAAAGUCUUUGGUUAUAAGUUGAUUCCUGAUGCUCUUGAGAAUGAGUUAGUCCAGGGUUCCCAUCUACCCUUAGUUACUCCCCUGUUGUUGGAUUUCUCUCAUAGAUCAGAUGAUUUGAUGGAUUUGUCCCUUAAUGAGAGUUCUGUUGAUUUGGGAUCGGGCGUUGAAUUAAAUGAUUCUUCUUUUGAGGAACAGUUCCCUCCAGAGAGAAGUCCUGUUGUUCCUCAAUCGCCUGAGCUUCCAGCUAUUACAGGAUCUCCAUUGGUAGGAACCCUUGACUUGAGUCAAGGUACCUCGGGAUGUGCAACUUCUUCAAGGAUUUCUCUUCCUCCUGUGACCUACUCUACUCAUUUUGUUCAGGCUUCUUCCCUCCUUUCCAAGAGGAAUCAGGCUAUCCCCAAUAAAUCUUUGCCUAUUUUCAGUUUGUCCUGUCAAUCCCAAUGGACCAUCCAAGGACGUGUUACUUAUAAAGGGGCUUUAGGAGACCUCAAGCAAACAAAAGGACAUUGGUUUUUCUUUGAACUUUCAGAUCUCUCAGGCACCAUCAAGAUAAACGCUUUUCAGGAGGAAUGCAAUCGGUUUUUCAACAUUAUUAAGCUUGGUAGCGUUUAUUCCAUUUCUAAUGGGGAGCUGGUAGCCGCUAAGCCACCUUUCAAUUUCACAAAUCAUCUUCGUGAGAUAACCCUAAAAUAUUUUAGUACUGUAAAGGAGGAAUCAGAUUUCAACGAUGCUGAAUAUCCCAAUGUCCCUUCUAAUUUUACUAAGAUAUCCAAUUUGGCCAAUUUACCUCCUAAUUCCAUUGUGGAUGUCAUUGGAGUUUGCGUUUUUGUUACCCUGAUUCAUCAGAGAACUCGGCGUUCGAUUUUAAUCCAAGAUGAUUCAUUCUCAGAGAUCCGUCUGUCUAUCUGGAAUUUGGCUCCUGAAGAUUUUAAUCCCCCACUUGGAUCCAUACUCGUUGUAAGACGAGCCAGACUUACUCAACAGCAAUGUGGCCUUAUUCUUACUAUUUCUGGACCUAGUUCCACUAUCUGCUUGAGUCCUAGCAUUCCUGAGGCUACCGCUCUAAUGGAUUGGUAUAAAAAACUCAAUUCUUCCGUUUCCUUUUCCUCUCUAUCUAGGGGAUUUUUUGGUGAGAUUUCUCACAUUAGUUCUUUGCCCCAGUCACUUCAGGACGAUGUCAUUGUUUAUACCAAUUUGGAAGUCCUUGUUAUCUCUGGUGAUGUCUUCAAGUACAAGGCUCAUACUGUCUGUGGUCGUCGAGUCAAGAUCUAUCAACGUGACAUUCCUGUCUGCGAGAAUUGUCUUGACACCCUUCCUAAUCUAUCUGAUCAGAUAGUCAUUACUUUGAAGAUUUCUGAUUCCUCUGGUCAAGCUGAGGUACAAGCAUUUACAGCCGUUGCCCUGGAAUUACUAUCCAAAUCCAUCAAUGAUAUCUCCAGUAUAACUGAAUCUAGCCUGACCCUGGACCUGGAGGAUAUCCUCAAUACGACCCUUAGAUUAUGUAUCAAGUCCCGAGUAACCUUUCUUCAUGAUAAAAAACAUCUUCAACACUCCAUUAAAUUUUUCUCCAAGGAUAUUACUCCUGAAAUCUAG